ACUAGAUUAGGAAGCAGCCCAAGGGGUUCAGCAUUCAGUGGCUCCCUUGCUUUCUGCUGGCCGGCACCAGGCUGUUCCAGGCUGGACUGGUGUUCUGAGUGUGGCAUUAUCUGCACAAUAUCAAAAACACAGCCCUGUGCUGUAGCUUUUUACCCGGACAAGAUCCCAACUUCUGAUACCCAUGGCAGAGAACUCAAAAUUUGAUGAAACACCGCGCAUAACUGUCGACUAUGUGAGAGGAAUUCUUCAACCCACGCCCACCUGUGACACCUGGGAUCUGAUCUGGAACUUCCAAGCCAAGCCUGAUGACCUGCUGAUUUCUACCUAUCCUAAAGCAGGAACAACAUGGACUCAGGAGAUAGUGGACCUAAUACAAAGUGAAGGUGAUGUUGAGAUGAGUAAACGAGCACCCACUCAUAUACGGUUUCCUUUCAUCGAGUGGAUAAUCCCUUCCAUAGGAUCUGGUUUGGAACAAGCUAAUGCAAUGCCCUCACCACGGAACCUGAAAACACAUCUUCCCAUCGAGUUGCUGCCACCAUCCUUCCUAGAGAACAACUGUAAGAUCAUCUAUGUGGCAAGGAAUGCCAAGGACAAUAUGGUAUCCUAUUAUCAUUUCCACAGAAUGAAUAAAGGACUUCCUGACCCAGGAACAUGGGAAGAAUACUUUGAGAAUUUCCUCGCUGGGAAAGUGUGCUGGGGCUCCUGGCAUGACCAUGUGAAAGGAUGGUGGAAAGCCAAAGACCAACACAACGUUCUCUAUCUCUUCUAUGAAGAAAUGAAGAAGAAUCCAAAGCAGGAAAUUCAGAAGCUGGCAGAAUUCAUUGGGAAGAAACUAGAUGACAGAGUUCUAGAUAAAAUUGUCCACCACACCUCAUUUGAUGUCAUGAAGCAGAAUCCGAUGGCAAACUAUUCAUCAAUGCCUCCUGAAUUUAUGAACCACUCCAUUUCUCCAUUCAUGAGAAAAGGGACAGUGGGAGACUGGAAGCAUCACUUCACUGUGGCCCAGAAUGAGAGGUUCAAUGAAGACUACAAGAAGAAAAUGGCUGACACCAGCCUCGCUUUCCACUUCCAAUUCUAGUAAGAAAAAAAGUAAAAGCUGUUUUACGGGCUGACGCUGUGGUGUAGAAGGUAAUGCUGCCAUCUGCAAUCCCGUCAUCCCAUACGGGUGCCGGUCAAGACCCAGCUGCUCUACUUCAGAACCAGCUCUCUGCUAUGGGCUGGGAAACAGUGGAAGAUGCUGCAAGUCCUUGGGCCCCUGUGCCGGCUUGGGAGUUCUGGAGGAAACUGCCUGGUUCCUGGCUUCAGAGAGGCUCAGCUACAGCUAUUGUGGCCAUUUGGGGAGUAAAUCAGUGGAUGGAAGAUCUCUUUCUCUCUGCCUCUGCCUCUCCCUCUGCCUCUGCCUCUCAAAUAAAUAAAUAAAUCUCUUUUUUUUUUUGAA